GCGAGGAUCCUCGACUUUCCGGAACGACUCAUCCCAGGGGAGAAUUGCAGUUGGAGCAGAUCGGUUUCCGUUGCAGCGCUGGACGUUUCUCCUCCUUGCAGCCUCUGCUCGGACCCGUGCGGCGCUGGAGAAGGCUCUUUGGGGAGCGGGAGUAUUUUUCCCGCCUCUCACCUGCCGUGCUCCUUCAUCGCCACUCUCCUUUGUCCCGGGACUGAAGCCGCUUGGUCCCGUUUCUUCCUGCUCUUUCGUUUGCCAGAAGGUGGUGAUGUCCCACUUUACAAGAUUGUGAACUGACCCUGUGAUCACAAGUCAACGGAAAGCAAGGCUUUAUCAUGCCAGGUAAAGGCAAAAAGGUAAAAGGCCGGGGACAGAGCCGGGGUGGGAAGAAAGGAAAAAAGCCUGAAGUGGACAUCCUUCACCCAGCUACCAUGCUGAACCUGUAUUACAUCGCCCACAAUGUUGCUGACUGCCUACAAUUCCGUGGUUUCCGCUGGCCAGGGGCUGGCAAGAAAAAGAAAGGAAAGAAGAUAUAACAGUGGAUGGAUGGAUGGAUGCCUUUAUAGCAUAUCUUCAUAACCAUGAAUUGUAACUAUUAACAGAAAUGUACAGUGAAGGGAUACAACCAAAACAGCCACUGAAGCAGAUUAAACUUUAAUGAAAACAC